AUGUCACCUAUUCCCGACCACAUGGGCUUUAGAGUCGACGAGGAAGCCUGGGAGAGGAAAUUCGAUCCUGCAAACACAGAAAAUACUACGGAGAUCGUAAACGGUUACAUCCUCUUGAUGCUUACCGGUUACGAAAACGUCUAUCGGUACUCUGGAACCAAUUUGAGAGAGUUGUUCCAGGAAGAUUUCGAAGGCUGGACACAAGACACUUUUGCACUGGCUACGAGGAUAUGCUGCAGAAACCUUUGGCGCCAUCUGCUCUUAAAUGGCGUGCCAAUCAAGCCUGUCAGUACUGGUGUACCUUACAAGAAGGUAUUCAUAGAUGUCCUUUCGGACGACAAACCCCUCGAAUGGACCUCAGAAUCGCAGAAGGUUCUAGAGAACUUGAAUAAAAAGAUGGAAUCCGAGAGAGGAGCUGCCAAUACGGGCGCUUUCAGCAAACCCUUGAGUGACCUACUCAAAAUCUACGUGGACAAAGAUAAAAAGUUUGGUGGAAGCGACUACGACGUUCUUGAGGACAAAUUACUGAUAUUCUACAAUCACUGUAAGAUGGUUGGUCUCCCUCAAGAGCCCUCAGCUUACGCUGAGGCCCUCUCUAUCAUGCUUAAAGACCAAGCAAAUACCUAUUUUUACACUUCCCUAUACAACAGAAGUUUGGGAUUUGGAGAGAUGGUUAAUCUCUUGAAGAUGAAGUUCGAGAUUGAGGAGAGCACUCAGAAAUACUUGUCUGAAUGGAGAGAGACCACCUUUGAGAGGACUGCUGCUCAGCACCCUGAGAAGACCAAAUUGGAGGCCUUGGACGUCAUGAUCAACAAAUUAACCCUUUUACAACGCAACCUACCUCUUACAUACCACGACAACAAAUCAAUCAGAGAUGCCCUCCUUAGCGCUUUCACGGGUGAGGAAGACGAGAUCAAUGAUUCUUUAUAUACCGACCGGACCUACGGAGGUAACCGCGCUGGCAGAGGCUAUCGCAAUAGAAGAGGUGCUAGGAGAGGCUCAUAUAGAGGCUUUCAAGGUGGUGGACCUUCCGAGAGAAGCCAAUUCAAUAGCGGUUUCCAGAAUGGCAGAGGUUCAUAUGGAGCAGGUGGAGCAAGUGGAGGUGGUGACAUUACCGACAAAGUUUGUUACGUUUGCGGAAAACCCUUUUGUUGGUCUACAAAGCACACGAAGGAAGAACGCAAAAUCGCCUUCGAUAAGUUCAAGCGUCAAGCAUACUAUAUGCCUGAAUACGAGGCUACAAAGGAAUCCUAUUGCGUUUUUCUAGUUCAUUGGGAAGGACAACUAGCGCUCGGGAUACCACCAUCUCUCGAGCACUCUAUUGAUAUUUUCCACACUUCAAUUAGGAAGAUCAAUAGAGGCGAGGUAGCAGCCAAAUUGACUAACCUGUCAACUUACUACGCUUUCACAAAAUCGGACCUAUACGCACCGAUUCCCCACGUUCCACCUUCGGAGUGCUUGCUUAACGAACGCUACGAUUCAGAGGUAUUUCACGGAAUUAUCCUUGAUACAGGCGCCGCCUUUGUUUCCUCGGCAGGCGAAAAGCAAGUGGAAGCCUUAAAGAAAUUACUCCUCGACCUCAAGAUCAAUACCCCGACCACUACCAGAAGCAUUCGUUUCGGAAAAGAAGAACCAAUAGUGAUCAAGGCUAUAGUCGAUGUUAAUACACCCUUGGGCUUGAUUACUUUUAGCAUCGUUCCAGCUAAUACACCUUUCUUGCUAUGCUUGCAAGAUAUGGACCGCUUAAGUGUCAUUUUUGACAACGUCUCAAAUAGGUUGAUCCAAAGCAACAAAUCAAUCCUCGUGAUCAGGAAAUUAGGCUACGCCUUUUUGCAAAUCCAAGCUACGGAAACCGAGCUCUUUGAGUCCUACUUGUCAGAGCAAGAGCUACGCCAAAUUCACCGCCGCUUAGGUCACCCAGCUGCUCGCCGAUUAAUCGAUAUAUUAGAGCUCUCAGGGAACGACGGGGAAGCUGAUUCGGCAAUUAUCAAACGCCUCACUAAAUAUUGCCACUAUUGCCAACUGCACGCAAAAUCACUUGGCCUUUUCAAAUUCACAGUUAAGGACGACCACAAUUUUAACUACGCUAUAUACGUGGAUGUGGACACGUUGCGCGCUUGUUGGAUUGAUACAUACUUGGGUCCCCUCGACAUCGUUAUCCAUGACCUAGGAACGAACUUCGCUGCCUUGGAAUUCAAAUUGCUAGCAAAAUCAAUGGCAGUUGAGGUAAAAGAAGAACCAGUAGAAGCCCAUAACAGUGUCGGCAAAGUGGAACGGUACUAUGCUAUGUUGCGCCGAAUCUACGACAUCUUAGUUGAAAAACUGAGAGGGGAGAGUGUCACGAAGGAACAGCUGUUGCAAAUGGCUUUUAAAGCAAUCAACGAUACAGCUGGACCUGAAGGCUUCGUACCUACCCUUUUAGUAUUUGGAGCCUACCCUCGUCUCACAGAGCUGGACCCACCUUCACCCUCUAUUCAGAAGCGAGGGGAGGCUAUUAAUAAAGCUAUGACUGAAUUGAGAGCAAUACAAGCAACCAGGAAAGUCAAAGACGCCUUAGCAGCCAGGAAUGGACCUGAUACUACGUCAAUUUUGGACCUUCCUAUUCAGUCAAAGGUUCGUGUAUGGCGGGAGCACCCCCUUGAGGGUGGCAGACCACGCUGGACUGGCCCUUGGAAGCUCAUUGCUAUAGACCGUCACACUUGCACGGUUCCUCCGGCCCACAUUCCCCCGCCUAUUGAGGCAGUUCCAAUAGUUCCACCUCCGCUAAUCCUACCACCUAGAAGAGGUUCUAGGAUUCGGCGCCCUCCUCGGCAAUUUUAUAUGGAAGAGGAGGGGUUUGAAGAAAGAUUUGAGGCAUUCUGGCAGCAAAAAGAAGCUAUAAAACAGGAAGCACAGGCAGAGGCUUUCUUGACUAGGAAGGAACUGUCUGACAAGGCAACAGCUGUCAAAUUGCGCCAAGAAGGAAAGAUCACGACACCUGGCGAGCCAUUCCAACAAUCACAGCGACUAGAGCUAGAGGGAUUAAUGGCAAGGGAGGUGUUCCAACUGGUACAAUUCGACCUUACGAAGCACGGCAAUACUAGGAUCCAUCCUAAUUAUUCAACACGAAAUUUUCAACUUGCUUACAACGACUUGAUUUUCAUUGCAUUCGAUUCCUGGAAUACGGUUUCCUUAAGAAUCCGCUGGAACCAGAUCAAUAGCUCGUUGCGCUCGCCGCACAGUUCGAGAAAUAGUUCUCGUCACUCUAUCUCGCCUUCUCUUUUCGUAUUAAGACGAAGAGCACCGACUACCAAUAUAGCGACGAAGGCUAUCGAGAGCUACUUCGACGACAUCGACCGCGCGGCUGCUAUCAAACGACACGACCAACUUGACUUCGAAUCUCGAUACUAUGCGCAAGAGUUUUCUAAGAGUCUCUUUACGUUUAUGCGUACUCAUUCACACGCAACUAUCGGGGCAGCUACUCCUUUUCCUCCUUCGACCGCUCCUUAUAGCAGCGAGCAAACGGCCCCUUCUAAGUCUGUCUUAUGGGCAGAUUCCGCAAGGCCCUCGAAGACCUUGAAAAACUCAAGGGCUGCCGCUUAG